AUGAGUGACGGUCGAGUCAACGCAGAUCAAGAACAAGAACAAAACAUGGUCAAACCACCGGUCAAGAGAUCUCUCGGCCUCCUCAUCGCCACCUACAGUUGUCUCUUCGUCGGCUCUAUCGGCUCGAGCCUCCUCUCGAAAUACUACUUCGUCCACCAUGGCAAGAGCUUGUGGGUCUCCACGUGGGUCCAAUCCGCCGGAUUCCCUCUCCUCCUCUUCCUAAUCUAUUUCCCUCACUUCGUCUUCAAAACAACCACGCGCCGUCCAUUCACGCGCUUCACGCGCCGCCAUCUCCUCGCCGGCGUCUUGAUCGGGUUCGUCCUCGGUUUCAACAACUUCCUCUUCUCAUGGGGAAACUCGUACCUUCCGGUGUCCACGUCAUCGCUUCUCCUCUCGACACAACUCAUUUUCACUCUCCUCUUGGCCGUAGUCAUAGUGAAACAGAAAGUCACUUUCUCAAAUCUCAAUUGCGUUGUUCUCUUAACGCUAAGCUCUGUUUUGUUAGCUCUCGGUUCGAGUCAAGAUAAACCGGCCGGUUUAACCAAAUCCAAAUAUUUCACCGGGUUUUUAGCCACCAUCGGAGCCGGUUUACUCUUUGCGCUUUACCUCCCCGUUACGGAGAGGGUUUACCGGAGCUUUUACUGUUAUGCGAUGGUCAUGGAGAUGCAACUGGUGAUGGAAUUUUCAGCGACGGUUUUCGCGACGAUCGGUAUGGCUUCCGAAGGCGGGUUUAAAGAAAUGGUUCAUGAAGCGAACCAUGUUUUCACCAAAGGACCGACGGUUUACUGGACCGUUGCGAUUUUAGUGACUGUGGUGAUGUGGCAGCUCUGUUUCGCCGCCACGUCGGGGAUGGUUUAUUUGACGUCUGGGAUCACCGGAGGGAUCUGCAUGACGGCGUUGCUGGCGACCAAUGUGAUCGGCGGUGUGGUGGUUUACGGCGAUAAAUUCAGCGGAGUGAAGAUUGUAUCGACGGUGCUCUGUAUCUGGGGAUUCUCGUCGUACGUCUACGGGCUCUAUAUAAAGAUGAAGAAGAAUGAGAAGAAGGAGAAGGAGGAGAAAGCGAAGGCUGGAUACGCCGGUGUAGAUACGGUGGAAGACGGCGGAGAUGCGGUAGUGGUGGAGGUGGAAAUGGGUAAGGUUAAAGAUGACGUGGCGGCGGCGGAUGAUAGGGUUUGA